GUAAUGGGUGGUACGAGGCGAAACAAUGAUUGAUUUUACUGGAGAACACUGUUGCUGAGAUGAAGAUUCGGCAUGAUGCCGAGAUUGAGAGAGAGAAGAUCAAGAAAGAGGAAGAAGAAAAGAAGAAGAGGGAACAAGAGGAUCAAGAACGGAGGGAACGAGAUCGGAAGGAGAGAGAAGAACAACAUAGCUUAAUGAUGGAAGGCAUGAACAAGAAACGAGAGAAGGUGUGUGAAACGAUGAACGGUAAGAAGAAAGAAGAGCCAACUCAUCCUGAUAUUGAAGCUAUGAAAAAGGAGAUUGAGCGCCUGAAGGCUACUAACCAGAAGGCGGUAGCUUCGACUUCCACCUCCAAAGCUAUGAUUGAGGGCGAGGAGCUGGUGCGACAACUGCUAAGGGAGCAGGAGUUGACGAAUCAUAAGCUUGAGGAGUCUAUCGUGACACAAAGGAGGUUGGAGUCGCUUGAGAAGGAGAUGUCAUUGAUGAGAACUAUGAGAGAUGAAGCCUUGAACGAGGUCGAAACAUGGAAGAACGAAGCCUUGCUGGAUGCCUUGAAGAACUUGUGGUUGACUGAGAUGAACGCGAGACGGGAGAAAGAACAAGAGAACGAGCGGCUGAAGGCAGCCAUGGCAGAAGAUGCUAACAUCAGAAGAGAGAAGGAGCUGGAGAACGAACGUCUGAAAGCUACGCUGGCGGAUCUGGAAGCAGCGCAACGUAUUCCCUGUACUAACCUGCGCCAAAGAAUGGAUGGGAUGGCUGCACGAUCUACAGGGAAGGGGAAGAAGAAGACCGUGACUGACCCAUCGUCGUCAAGAGUUAACGAGAAGCAAAAGUACAUCAAGGAUAUGAGGAAGGAUUUGGGGGGGAAGAAGAAAGAUGACAUCAUGGAGAUCUGUUUGGAGGAAGGACUGAAGUACACUACUCUGAAGCAGUCUGUUGCGGAUAUCAUCGCGCAACGGGUGAUGAAGGCCUUUCCCGAUGACGGAAAGACUGUGCACGAGAUUUCGGACGACAACGGUGGUGGCCCUUCCAAUGAAGAACCGCUGGCCGAGGGAGACGCUGCUACUUCGUGAAUUCUCCCCCGAGCGCGGCUAAGCUAUGGUCUUUUGCCUUAUCUUAUUCCAAAUUACGCUAUUCCUCCAGUCAAUGGUUGAGAAGCAUCAGGUUGAG